GAAUUCGCCGUGGAGGUGCGGGCGCGGGACGGGGGGACGCCGGCGCGCAGCGCGACGGCGACGGUGCGCGUCUUCGUGCUGGACCGCAACGACAACGCGCCGCGGGUGCUGUGGCCGGCGGCGGGCGGGGCGGAGGGCGGCGGCGCGGGCGCGGGGCCGUUCGAGGUGGUGCCGCGCUCGGCCGAGGCCGGCUACCUGGUGGCCAAGGUGGUGGCGGUGGACGCGGACGCGGGGCGCAACGCGUGGUUGUCCUACGAGCUGCUGCGGGCGCCGGAGCCGGCGCUGUUCCGCGUGGAGGCGCGCAGCGGCGAGGUGCGCACGGCGCGGGCCGCGUCGGAGCGGGACGCGGCCAAGCAGCGGCUGGUGGUCGUGGUGAAGGACCACGGGCAGCCGGCGCUGUCGGCCACGGCCACGCUGCACGUGGUGCUGGCCGAGAGCGUGCGGGACGCGCUGCCGGAGCUGGGCGAGGGCCCGGCGGCCGCCGACCCGCCGGCGGAGCUGCGCUUCUCGCUGGUGCUGGCGCUGGCGCUGCUCUCGGCCGCGUUCCUGCUGAGCGCGGCUGUGACGUUGCUGGUCCGCCUGCGCCGGGCCGGGCCGCCCGCCGUCCUGCGCUGCCUGGGCGCGCGGCGCUUCUCGGCGUCGGGCCCCGCC